AUGUUGAUGGUCAAUGCUUUCUGGAUUCUGAACAGCCGUGUCGAUGGAAAUGAUUUCAUAAAGGCAUACGUGACUACCUUGAUGGUACCGCUACAUGGUUCCUCAGCCACCAAACUCUGGAGUAUCAUCAAUUCCGUCGCUGGUGUCCAUCGCGAUUACAGUGCAUAUGGCCAGAUGUCACAAAGUUAUUUUAUUGCAAAUGCGUACGGAACACUUAUAACCGCCACUCAGCUGUUUGUGAUGAUGGGCACCGUGGCGCUUAUAAUUCUUCUUAUGGUUACAGCGCUACAACAGGAAACGAAUCGCGACGAUCUGGAAGAGGGAAACAGGGCUCGGUUUCGCAACCAUACUGAUUGUGUCGCUGACUUUGGGAUCACUGAACUAUUUCAUGGACCCACCAUAUCGUGGCAUUCCUAA